AUGUGGUGCAUCACUGAUGGCUGUGGACUAUGCGUUAAUGAGCUGGGCAGACCAUUUGUGAAUAAGUCUGACGUACGAACUGUUCCUGUACCCCAAGAAACAUCUUUGAAUGAAGGAGGCAGGAGGAAGAAAAAGAACAAGAAGCAGAGGAGGAAAAGAGCUGAGGAGAAGAAAGAGGACAUGAAGGAGAAAGAAGAGGUGAAAGGAGAUGAAGAGGUGAAAGGAGACGAAGAGUUGGAAGGCGACGAAGAGGUGAAAAGAGACGAAGAGGUGAAAGGAGAUGAAGAGGUGAAAGGAGACGUAGAGGUGAAAGGAGAUGAAGAGGUGGAAGGAGAUGAAGAGGUGGAAGGAGAUGAAGAGGUGGAAGGAGGCGAAGAGGUGGAAGGAGAUGAAGAGGAGAAAGGAGACGAAGAGGAGAAAGGAGACGUAGAGGUGGAAGGGGACGUAGAGGUGAAAGGAGAUGAAGGGGUGGAAGGAGGCGAAGAGGUGGAAGGAGACGUAGAGGUGAAAGGAGAUGAAGAGGUGGAAGGAGGCGAAGAGGUGGAAGGAGACGUAGAGGUGAAAGGAGAUGAAGAGGUGAAAGGCUGCGAAGAGGUGAAAAGAGACCAAGAGGUGAAAGGCGACGAAGAGGUGAAAGGAGACGAAGAGGAGAAAGAAGAUGAAGAGGAGAAAGGAGACGAAGAAGAGAAAGAAGAUGAAGAGGAGAAAGGAGACGAAGAACUGAAAGAAGACAAAGCAGUGAGGAAAAGUGCCCGGUCGCGUAUCCGGGCAUAUGUCCGGGCAAUCAGUAAAGUUGUUAUGCUGCCAUUUAGAUGUUGUUGCAAACAACAGACAGUAGACGACUGAACAUUCAUAAACAACUUUACUGAUUGCCCGGACCUAAUUAAAAAUCUAUCUGUCACUUGUACGACCAGAACUCGAGUACGGCUAUGUGAUACUGUUCGGGUGCAGUAAAGACCAAGAACUGGCCAUCGAGAGGGUACUCGUACAACGCCGGG